AUGUCGACCCAAGCUGCUCCGGCCAUUCCCCCUCGACCGGCUAGAUCUCCUCAGCCGCCGCCGUCGUCUUUAGAAGCUCCUCAUCUUCCUCCCCGCCCGAACAACCGCCGCGUCGAUCGUUCAGUAUCCCCCAUGCGUGACAGCUAUGCUCCCUCGCCAUUCAAUGAAUGGAGCGGCCCCGGGGUGGCUCGUACCAUUUCCAAUGAUCUGCCCCCGCGUCCUCCUAGUGUGACAAUCCCUUCGCUCGGCGAGGAGGGUAUCGAAUAUGCCGACCUCGACCCCGGCAAUAUGUCGGAUACUCAUCAUCAAACCCCUGCGGAGACUCGCAAUGUUAGCAGUGAUCUCAAGAUCCAUGCACCGAGACCCUCAUUGCCCCCUACAAGUGCUAAAGCGAAAGUCCAGGCCGUCACCCGCACCGAUUCCCGGCAGGCCGCCGCUGCGGGAAUAGGUCACGAAGCUUCCCCAGCUCGCGAUGAGCAAGAUCGCUCUAGCCGCUCGUUACAUUCUCGUGCCAGUGGCUCGCGGGCUGAGUCCUCGACAGCUUCCAAUGACCGUCGUCACUCCGCUCAGUUAAGUGAGGAGCAGGGUUUCCGUGUGCCCAUGUAUCCCAAUGCUGGUGAUGUCCAGGCACCGUCCCCGAGCCCUUAUCUCGAACAAGGCUCACAACGUCCGGGCCGCAACCACAACCGCAGCCGUAGUCAUCGUGACUCUUCUUUGCCCCCUGGAAGCUAUGGCUUGCAUGGACAUGGUGUGCAGAAUCCCGAUAAGUUUGAGAAGGCUUGGUAUGAGAAGCACCCCGAUGAGUUUGUCAAGGAGGAAGGUCAAUAUGGCCCUGGUGUCGGCACUCCGCGUCCCGACUGGGCAUUGAGUAGUGAUGACCUCAAUAAGAUCGUUCGAAGCUCUGCUCAGACCGGUUCCGGCCUUGGUACAUCUCCAGCUGUAGUGGGUACUCCCGAAGAGGAGGUCGGAUAUAUGGCAUCUGAUGAGUACAUGCACCGGAUUGCUUCUCCCCCGCCUGAUGCUCGACAUGAAACCCAGCCAGUCGUUGAGUCACCUCUGCGCCAUAUGACUUUCCCUGUGGAAGCUGGUCAGAAGCCACCAGGAAGCCCGCUGCGUCAUCGUAGAGCCAGCUCGCAUGGCAACCCAGAUAGUGAUAUCAUCCACGUGGAUGAUCCCAAGCAUCCUUUGCAUCACCCGGAUGGAUUUGCCCCGACUCCCGCGACGGAGGAGAGCGAGCCAACUUUCCAGGAGGACGAGGAAGAGGAAGAACCAAUUUUGGCCGCUGAUGAAGUUCGUCCCGAGUCGGCAUAUCUGCAUCCUGCUAUCUCGCCAACAUUUGAUCGCCGGGGAAGUUUCGAGGAGGAGUACCGCAGUCGCACUGGGAGCGCCUCGCAUAGUCGUUCAAACAGUCGAUCGGCUAGCGGACAAGGCCAGUUCCCUGUGCUGACUCGCUAUGAUUCCCGCGAGGACACUCAUACGCCUCUCGAAGACGUCGAAGAGUAUGAGCCGCUGUUCCCUGAAGACGAUUCCAAGAAUGAGCGUCCUGUAUCAGCUGCGGAUCGCUUCAAGAAGAGACCCGAUUCACUCAAACAUAGAUUCCCCAGCCAGGACAUUUGGGAGGAUACACCCAAUAGUCUGCAGCUUCAUGCUACAGUGACUACCCCGGAUCUACCCAAACGUGACACCGCCGAGACGUUUGAGACACCUGAACAAGAGGCAAAUCGCAGGAUGCAAACAACCAAAGUUGACUCACAUCAAGUUGCAACUCAUAUUCUGGAAGGCGAAAGCUCCAAGGAGAAGCCCACACGUCCCGACACAUUCAAACAGCGUUUCCCUAGUAGAGAUAUCUGGGAAGAUGCUCCGGAUAGUCAGCAGCUGGUGACCACGGUUCAGCCUGCUAAAGAGGAAGUUAAAAGUCCAGACGCACCUUCUCGGCCCAGUAUCCCUCCCCGCCCCCAGAAGCAGACUAUAUCUACCUCACCAGUGGAGAAGCGUCAGCCACCAUCACUCCCAGACAGACCGAAGCCCCAGGUUCCUGCUCGUCCUGCAAAAUCCAGUUCCCAGUCAUCGACAGGUGCCGAGGAAGCCUCGCGAGAAGCUCCUGCAGUCAAGGCUAAGCCUGCAGUCCCUGCUCGUCCCGGUGGAAACAAGAUUGCCGCGUUGAAAGCUGGUUUCCUCACCGAUCUUAACUCCCGUCUCGGAAUGGGUCCUCAACAGCCGAAGCCCCAGCCAAAGGAGCCGGAGCCCGCGGCAGAAAAGCAACCUUUAAGCGAUGCUCGUAAGGGUAGAGCCCGCGGCCCGGCCCGCCGAAAGCCAGCUGCGGAGCAGACGACCCCUAAGCUUCCGACAAUCCCAGAGAUCAAGAUUUCAGAAGCAAUGAACGUCUGGCAGAUCGGACACGACGGUAGCUUAACAGUUGGCAACCCCGAGAAAGAAGAUUCCCCUGCGCCAGCGCCAGUGCCAAACCCAGCUGUUCCAGCCGAUGAACCAGUCGAACUUCCAGGUGUGGACAGCCAAAACACGAAGGAAGAACCCAUAGAGCCUACCCCGGAAGUUCCGGCCGCCGCUCUAGACCUUGCUUCUCCACCUUCACCGGGAGCAACGAAACCAAAGCUAGACAACAUCCAAAUUUCGGCAGAAGCCCCCGAGGCGAUAGAAGCAUCAUCAGGAACAAAGAAGCCUUUAAUCGAAUCAUCAACAAAGCCAUCUGUCGAUGCAGUCUCUGAAGCUGGCUCCCCAAAACAGCCCGUGGUCCCAGAAGACACAGAGCAGAGCAAGCCUUCUGAGAUGACGAGUGUUGCCCAGUCGUUGGCUGAUUCCACAUCAGCUGCGCGCCAGCUUGACAAUGCACUUGAGACGCUUGCUGCGACAGCUGAUGGAAAGAGAGAGUCCGAUGGUCAUGUUCAUGACGAGGAGUAG